AUGGUAAACGGUUACUUGCACAGGAGCGGGUGCGUGCUUUCUCAGCUCUUCUGGGCGAGCGUGGUCGCUGCAGAUUCGAAGAGUCUCCUUCAGCUAUCUACGCGAAUCUUUUAUGGCAAGAGGGAGACAGUUGUGCCAGCCAACCCCAGCAUCAGUGAUGAUGAGGGCUCUGAGGAGGAAGAUGAUGAUGUGUUAGAUCCUGACUUCCUCCCAUCCACCCACAACCUAGACACUCCAGGCCCCUCUGCCAAGAGGAAGUGUGUGCAGCCUGCAGUUGAGGUUCUUGAUGAUGAUGAUGACGACGAUGACGAUGAUGAAGAACCAGCACCACAAGCAAAGAGGCCAACUAAAAAGGGGAAGCCAGCAGCCAGGCUAACCACCUGGAGGAAGGAUGACCUGGACAACGCCACCCUGCCUGAGUACCAGCACUGUCCCCCAGACUUCAUUGAGACUCCAUUUCAGUACUUCAGCAGGUACUUCAGCCCCCAAGUCAUCAAGCACAUAACGUACCAGACCAAUUUGUAUGCAAACCAGAAGAACAUCAACACCUCCUUCACCACCACUGAAGACGAGAUGAUGAACUUUGUGGCUAUCCUGAUGUACAUGGGGAUUGCUGAGCUGCCUGCCGUUGAAGACUACUGGGCAAUGGAGACCAGGGUCCCUCAAGUCGCAACCCUCAUGUCAUCGAAGAGGUUCAGGCUGAUGAAGAGGCUUGUCCACUUCAACGACAACACCCAGAUCACUGGCACCAUCGAUCGAUUCUUCAAGGUGCGGCCACUGUUCAGUCAUCUGAAUGAUGCCUUCAGGAGUGAGCCACAGACCCCCAAGCAGUCUGUGGAUGAGGUCAUGAUUGCCUACAAAGGUAAGAGUACGCUGGAGGCCCACGGUGUUCCCCUGACACCUGAACAAACAGCGAUGGGUGUCACCAGCCAGAUCGUCUCCGUCCUAGCCAGCACCAUGUCCUCCUCCACCACCACAGCCAUCUUUGCGGACAACUUUUUUACCAGCCUGGAGAUAGUGCGGUACCUCAAGGACAAAAACUGCAGGUACACAGGGACAGCCAGGGACAACAGAAUAGGCAAGCCUCCACUCAAAAUCAUCAAGGAGAUGGAGAAUAAGGCUGUCCCUCGUGGUACGUAUGACUACGUCACCAGUGACGAUGGGAUCCUGGCCCUCAGGUGGAAGGACAAUAGGAUUGUCACUCUGCUGUCAACCGACAUGGGGGCAGAGCCCAUUUCCUCAGUCUACAGGUACUGCAGUGAAACCAAGAGGAAGGAACAAGUGAGCUGCCCUGCUGUCAUCAAAAGCUACAAUGCCAACAUGGGGGGCAUUGACAAGAGUGACAUGCUGGUCCAUCUCUACCGCACCCCCAUGAAAUCAAAGAGGUGGUAUAUGCGCAUGUUUGCCUACUCUGUGGAUGUCAGCCUCACGAAUGCCUGGGUUUUCUACAGGCGGGACUGCAAGGCUAUUGGCUUUCUGGAUGGCCUGUCUUUAAAAAAUUUUAGAAUCCAGGUGUUCAGGGAAGCUAGCAGCCAGAGGUCUCCCACAUCGCAUCUCCGAAGGAGCUCAGCAUCUUCAGGCAGCCUCAGCACUUCUGUUGCCAUCCCCAUACCUGUCCGGGGACACCGCAGCACAAAUCCAGCAAUCCAUGUGCGGUUUGACAUGUCCCUGUUCCACGCCCCUGUCUACACAAACCGCCAGACCUGCAAGUACUGCAGCCGGAAGGGGAAUAUCAUGAGGUCGAACGUGGUCUGCAGGGUCUGCAAGGUCCAUCUGUGCCUCAAUGCUGACCGCAACUGCUUCCUUAAGUACCACGAAGCAGUGGCCUAA